GGGGUGUGGAAUUCGCCUCAGAGAGACGGCCCAAAUCACUGGCCUCAGUUUCAAAAAUUCCGUCGAAGAGACAUGAUUUCCGAAAAGACCAUGCGGAGUCUGGCGAUGACUUUGGCUAUUGUUUGGGCCACUAGUUUCGUCCAUGCAGAACCUGAACCUGGUCGACGGUCUAAAGUUCCAUCGGUCUUCGAUGAUUUAGAAGGACACAACAAAACCACCAACUCCAGAGAGGGAAAAGUCUUCUCUCUCUUCAAUAUUGUUAAAUUCGAUAACGACGGCUGCCGCAGUUCCAGCACGAUCAACGGGGGCGGAUCUGGAUCCAUCAAUCGGAAUGGAACGUGCUUUACCGCCGACGAAUGUACCAGUAAAGGCGGAGCAGCAGCAGGGAGCUGUGCUGCCGGAUUUGGAGUGUGUUGUAUUUUCUUGAUUUCGAACUCAGGCGGAACAGUAACUCAAAAUUGCAGCUACAUUCGAAACCCGAACUUCCCCAAUCCCUAUGAUUCAACUUCGUCAGUGUCGUACACCAUUCAAAAGUGCUCCUCAAGCGUUUGUUCCCUUCGUUUGGACUUUGAGACCUUCUCCAUCCAAGGAACGGGGAACACUGUUGAAACUAACACAUUGGCCGCUCCACCCACCCUUGGAGGCGUGUGUCUGGAUACCUUCACCGCCACAGUGAAUACUGGCCAUAGAAUCCCCACCAUCUGCGGCCAAAAUACAGGCCAUCAUAUAUACGUGGAUAUCGGAUAUUUACCCACUGACACUGCUCAGCUCAACUUUGGCUUCACUGGGGCAGCCACCAAUCGCCAAUGGGAGAUCAAGGUCACGCAAAUCCCUUGCAACACUCAAGGACACCCUAUUGGGUCCGGAUGUCUGCAAUAUCUUACGGGUUUGACUGGUCGUCUCACCACAUUCAAUUUCUUGCCCACCAAUGACAAUCAUUUGGCCAAUCAGGAUUAUUCCAUUUGUAUUCGCCAAGAGGCCGGCUUCUGUUGUAUUGAGUACUCCUUGUGUCCAGAUGUCAACUCCUUCAGUUUGGACACUAAUGGGGCUAAUAUGAAGGCUAAAAUUGAUACUUCAUGCUCGGUUGAUCAUAUCGUUAUUGAAGGUGGACAUGCAACUUGCUCAGGGCCUAAUCCUCCAAUGGGAACCGUAAACAAGUUAUGUGGUGAUAAAAUAAACACUUUCCAUGAGUUCAUGGAAAACGUGCCCAUAUGUGAUUGCACAGCUCCAUUCAUUGUGGAUAUCUUCACAGAUGAGGAUGUGGACGCGGGUGACCAAGCAACUGCCAACCCUGUUCAAUCCCGUGGCUUAUGCUUGGAAUAUAUGCAAAUUCCUUGCUGACCACCCUUUCCCAUUCUCUGAGUGAACUCUUGGAACAGCCAAAUUGACCUUGAAGCACUACUCCAUGGGUCGAGUCUAAAUUUUGUUUUCUGUGAAAAAGAUCAUCCAAACAUGUCAGUGGAUAUAUAUUUUGUUAUAGUACAUAAAGCCAUUUCUUUUUGUCAA